AAAACAAUUGUGUAGAAACAGACGAUAUAUAAACGCACUGAGUUGAACAUCACUUGCUUCAUUUCAAGAUUCAACGCACCAAGAAAAAUCAUCAACCCUAAGUCUAAAGCUGAAUUGAUUGAACAAUUAGCUGCUGGUUUCACUAUUUCUCAGUUUUCAUUCACAGUGCUGCAAGGGAAGACCGCGACUGAUUUGAUUGACAUCUCUCGCUGACAGUAUGAGUCUGGCAUGUCUCGUAUGCCAUGGCGUAGAGAGUCCAUCACAUUCCUUCCGAAGCUACUCCGUGUCAAGCUCUGACAACGAAGGGAGAUGCUCGGCUAUCGCAAGCUGCUUGGCCAGAAAAACCGCACUCCCGCACUCAAGAGCCAAUCACGGGUUCGCGUCUUCUAAGGUGAUGCCCCAGCCCCUUCCAAGCACCGGCGUUGCCGGCCCUCCAAGGCUUGUCCGGAGCCAUGCUGUGAGAAGGGACAUCGUGAGGGACUGGAACUUUGACGAGGAGCGUUAGGCCAAAGCUCAAGAACGCGGAACUGCUCAAGAAUCGGAGGUCGGCCUCCCGCCUCCUUCAUUUUCUCUAUGUUGUUUCCUAGUUGAUGAUAUAUAUAUUCACAUGUAGUGAGUAUCUAAGCAUUUGUAACCAUACCUUGGAAGAUUCUGUUUAUAGCUCUUCUUUUACAUCUCUGGUUUUGAUA